AUGACGACUACAAACGAGGCAACUUUUGAUUGGAAAAUCUCUGAAUUUCUAAGAAAAAAAGGUAAAAGAGCUCCAUAUAGUAUCAUCAUACUAAAUCAACCAAUUUUACGUCGAAAUAUCUUUAAAACAUUGUGGGAAAACGCCGAUAUAAAAAUUUGUGCGGAUGGUGGUGCGAAUCAUGUGUACGAUGCGUUUAAAGAUGAAUAUAUUCCUAAUUAUAUUAGAGGUGAUUUGGAUUCGUUGAGGGAUGACGUUCGAAGCUAUUAUCAUUCUAAAGGUACAGAAAUCCAAUGUGAACCUGAACAAGAAUCUACAGACUUCAUGAAAUGCAUUAAUCUUGUUCGUAUCAAGGAAGAGGAAAAUUUCUCAAAGUACGAUGUGUUGGCAAUUGGAUCUUCUGGAGGCAGAUUGGAUCAGAUAAUGUCAAACAUUCAUUAUCUAUAUAAACUUAGAGAUGAAAGGAAAAUUUUUCUCGUAUCCGAUAAAAAUAUGAGUUUUUUGCUUAAAAAGGGGAAACAUAAUAUUUUAUGUGAUAGAAAGAUAGAAGGACCAACUUGCGGAAUUUUGCCAAUUGGUGUUCAAAGAGCUACUUUGACGACAACUGGGUUGAAAUGGAACAUGAGUGCGUAUCAUUUAUAA